AGGGAGUGUGUGUGUGUGUGUAACAGUGUGUCAGUCCGACCCUCGUGCACGCGCAGCAGGAUCAUCAUGGCCGCUCCCUGCAGAGGGACCAGACUCCUGAGGACCCUGCGGGGUCUCUACGGGACCCUCAGACCGUGUCGGACCCGGUUCCUGUCCUCCUUCCCCCCGACGGCCUCUCCGGGCUCCUGGAACUCGGAGCUGUUCCGGCUCUCCCACCGGGACCUGUACCGGCUCUCGGUGACUGAUCCGGAUCGUUUCUGGGGCUCCGCCGCCGCCGAUCGGCUCCGCUGGGUGGAACCGUUCUCACGGGUCCGGGACUGCGAGCUGAGCCGAGGAAAGAUCAGCUGGUUCACCGGAGGGAAGAUUAACGUUUCCGUGAACUGUCUAGAUGUCCAGGUAGAGAAACAUCCAGACCGAGUGGCCCUGAUCUGGGAGCGAGAUGAGCCUGGCACUGAGGUGAAGGUCACCUACAGAGAGCUGCUGGAGACGACCUGCCGCCUCGCCAACACCUUGAAGAGCCAUGGGAUCCAGAAGGGCGACAGGGUUGCCAUUUACAUGCCGGUGUCGCCACUGGCAGUGGCGGCCAUGUUGGCAUGCGCCCGUAUCGGGGCGGUGCACACCGUGGUGUUUGCUGGCUUCAGCUCGGAGGCUCUGGCCGGGCGGAUACAAGACGCUCAGUGUAAAGCGGUUAUCACCUGUAAUGAAGGAGUGCGCGGCGGCCGACGGGUUCCCCUGAAGACCACAGUGGACGCGGCGGUAAAGAGCUGCCCAACUGUCCAACAAGUGUUCGUCUCUCAGAGGACGGAAACGCUGGUGUCCAUGGGAGAGCUGGAUGUCCCUCUGGAGGAGGCGAUGUCCCGCCAGGCUGCCGUUUGUCCUGCAGAGCCUCUGGACAGUGAAGAUCUGCUGUUCCUGCUCUACACAUCAGGCAGCACGGGGAAACCUAAAGGCAUCGUCCACACACAGGCAGGAUACCUGCUGUACACCUCACUCACUCACCAGUACGUAUUUGACUAUCGGGACGGCGACGUGUUUGGCUGCGUUGCGGACGUCGGCUGGAUAACGGGACACAGCUAUGUGGUGUACGGCCCUCUCUGUAAUGGUGCCACGACCGUCCUGUUUGAGAGCACGCCGGUUUACCCAGACCCAGGCAGGUACUGGGAGACCGUGGAGCGUCUGAAAAUAAACCAGUUCUAUGGAGCUCCUACGGCUCUCCGUCUGCUGCUGAAGUACGAUGAGAGCUGGGUGAAGAAGUACGACCGCUCUUCUCUGAGGACACUUGGCUCAGUUGGAGAACCCAUCAACCACGAGGCCUGGCACUGGUUCCAUGAUGUGGUUGGAGAGGGACGGUGUCCUCUAGUGGACACCUGGUGGCAGACAGAGACUGGUGGAGUCUGUAUCGCUCCUCGCCCCUCAGAGGAAGGUGCGCCAAUUAUCCCAGCGAUGGCUAUGAGGCCAUUCUUCGGCAUCCAGCCGGUUCUCAUGGGAGAGAAGGGGGAGCCUUUGUCAGGUAACUCGGUGAGUGGAGCUCUGUGUAUCAGCCAGCCGUGGCCCGGGAUGGCUCGAGGGAUCUACGGAGACCAUCAGAGAUUUGUCGAUGCGUAUUUGAAACCGUACCCUGGAUGUUACUUUACUGGGGACGGAGCGUACCGCUCAGAGGAGGGUUACUACCAGAUAACGGGGCGGAUGGAUGAUGUCAUCAAUGUCAGCGGUCAUCGUCUCGGCACAGCAGAGAUCGAGGAUGCCCUGGAUGAGCAUCCAGCUGUUCCAGAAACCGCUGUGAUUGGUUUCCCCCAUGACAUCAAAGGAGAAGUGCCGUUUGCCUUCGUGGUUCUGAAGGAGGAGUUUGCCAACGACCCGCCCACUGUCCUUCAGCAGCUCAGAGAUCUGGUGGCAACAAAGAUCGCCAAGUACGCCGUCCCAGAGCACUUCCUGGUGGUCAAACGUCUGCCCAAGACUCGCUCUGGGAAGAUCAUGAGGCGGAUCCUCAGGAAAGUUGCCACGGAGACGACCAGUGACCUAGGAGACGUGUCGACUCUGGACGACCCGUCUGUGGUCAAAGAGAUCAUCGAAGCCCACGAGCUCUACAGGAAGCAAAGAGGGAAACAGUAGAAGAAGAAAAACAU